GUGAGCGUGUCUCUCGGACAGACGGUUGUGUCCUCUGUUUCCUCCUGCACUGAGCCAUUGUUGCUCGGUCCCAUCUUUUCAAAACAUGGCGGAGUCAACGGUGCUCGACGCGAUGGCCUACAGACCGCCCGAAUUCAGCACAGGGACUUUGACGUCCUGGAUUCCACUCAUAACCCCGUACAGUAUGUAUGCAACGGACUGUACUUCGGCGUUCUGGCGCUGGAGGCCUGAAGGAACACCGGUUGCCUGGGACCCUGGUUACGGUAUCAGUGUCGACCCGAACCUUCGCUGUGUGCCUGAGGCCGUUACCACGUGGUGGGAUCAAAACUGGCUGGGUUCAAAUUCUGAGACGGUUGUGUCUAUCGGGCCGCUUACUUGUCCUGAUCCCUUCACAACGGCCGCUACCAUCUCAGAAGACGCCUCUCGCACAAGAGUUGCUUGUUGUCCAUCAGAAUUCACGUUUUCUUCGUGGAGGCAAGCCGGAACUAUUGGAGAAUGCUUCAGCCGGGUCGACCCGGGGGUCGUCAUAACGUUCCAAACCAGAAAUAGUAACAAGGAAUGGAGUCCCACCACAACGACGUUUAACUCGUCCGCCAGGGUGUUGGCCGUCCAAAUCAAUGGCUGGAUUUUCGCCGAGGAGACGGGCACGCCUUCAUCAUCUACGGCAUCUACGCCUUCAUCAUCUACAGCGUCCGGCACAUCAUCGUGUUCUUCACAUAACGGAGCACUGUACAAUAGUAACAUGAUUGGCAUCGGCGUCGGUGUGGGUAUGGGGGUCGCUGGCCUCAUGGCCUUGGCUGCCGGGGUUUUCAUGAUGCGCCGGUCAAGAAAAGUCCAACGACCGACCCGAGCUUCUAUGGAGCAGCACAUGCAGGCAGAUCCACCGAUGCAAGAAACAUACGCGCUGCCUUCCGGGCACAUAAGAACAGAGCUACAUGGUGGCCAUGGCAUGGCAGUUGAGAAUAGGUAUAAAGCUCAACCAAGCGAGCUUCCUGAUCAUUACUGACAGGAACAAGAUCCUUUAAUGUAAUUAAAAUAUACUAUUUAUAUACUAGGUAACCAC